GCGCUCCUUCUCUUCUUGCACGCACAGAUGGCCCCUCCCUCUAGAGCAGCUUUGAAGCGCCCCAUGGAAAACGAUGAAGACAAUGUUCUCACCAGGUCAGCUAGAGCUAAGAAGGCAAAGAACGUGUCAACUCCUUCGGCGUCUGUCCCCCUACCGCUCCUACGUCAUCCUCACCCCCCUGCGGACGAUGAUGUUGUUGUCGAUGCAGCCAAAGCAUUGCGCAGCUUCUUCAACAUCGUUGAUUCUGUCCCAGCUCAGAAUCUCCUAAUGCUCCACUUUGCUUCUAAGACAGCUAUCUAUAGCAAGCUCUUCAUGGCUACGAUUUCUCUCAUGGCUUUGCUUGGCCACAAGCACUACAACAUAUCAAAGAGCCCAGCCGGUGUUUUGUAUGUUUCUACUCGAAGCAUCGAGGACGCCGUGAUGCUCGAAUCGCAAGUGCAUGUUGUGUUCGGUGUCAUACUAUCCUUCCAUCGCAUGUCUACGAUCGACCGCGAGUUUUGUUAUGCACGCGACGAAGCUGCUGCAUUCAAGUUGUAUGAGCACGACCGUUUCUGAUGUGUCCCUGCUGAUGUGGCUUGUGGCUUCGGCAAUCCGUAUCCCGUUUCCGUUUCUGAUGUGUGCCUGCUGAUGUGGCUUCUAGCUUCGGCAAUUUGUAUCCUGUUUUUAUUUUCAUGUUGUGUUUCAAAGAGCUUGUCUCU